AUGAGAGCUGCAAACGCCAAGGCCACAAGGACAGAGAAAAUUGUUUUCCUUGGAGCCCAAUCUACAGGAAAAACUGCCAUCGUUACAAGAUUUCAGUAUGACACCUUCACACCAAACUCAAACUCAACAAUUGGUGCCGCAUUUGUUUCUAAAGAUCUUAACGUAGACGGAACGGUCAUUAAGUUAGACAUUUGGGAUACAGCCGGUUCAGAGAAGUACAAAUCCCUUACACCAAUGUACUACCGUGAUGCCCGCGCCGCCAUUAUUGUUCUUGACGUUACAAGACCAGAAACAAUUCAAGCAGCUGGUGAAUGGAUUUCCGAAUUACGUGAGCAUGGAAAAUCUGACUGCAUGUUAAUAUGUGCUGCUAACAAAUGCGAUUUAACAGGCGAAAGAAAGGUGACUUCCCAAGAGGUUCAAGAUUUUGUAUUUGCAAAUCAGAUUUCAGCAUACAAAGAAACAUCUGCUUUGAAUGGUGAAGGAAUUAAGGAACUUUUCAACGAAAUUGGAAAGUUAUUAUUAACUCUCCCAGCAGUUGAAUCUCAAGAAGAUGCUGAAAUUGCCGGCCUUGUUGGUGACCUUGAUACUAGUGCUAAGCCACCACAAAAAACCGGCUGCUGCUAA